AUGGCUAAGUUUCAUAACUUGUUCACGUUUGCAGUGUUGUUCAUCAGCACUAUUUCGGUGCAUGCCAUUGCCGAGAACUUCCUUUUUGGUCAGGAAAAUGGCGGUUCUUGGGAGGAUGGACACGCAACGUUUUACGGCGACAUGGGCGGAGGAGAAACCAUGCAGGGGGCUUGUGGAUAUGGUGAUCUCUUCCAACAAGGCUAUGGCUUCGAGACUGCAGCUCUAAGCACAGCACUGUUUAACAAAGGACAAACUUGUGGAGCUUGUUUUGAGAUCAUGUGUGUCAAUGAUCCACAAUGGUGCAUACCUAAUGCUGGUACCAUCAGAAUCACUGCAACAAACUUUUGCCCCCCAAACUACGAUCCACAUUUUUAUCCCUGGUGCAACCCCCCAAGAAAACACUUUGACUUGUCCAUGCCUAUGUUCACAAAACUUGCUCCAUUCAAAGCUGGUAUAAUUCCGGUUAAGUUUCGCAGAGUUCCUUGUGCUAAAAGAGGUGGGAUUAAGUUUGAGAUCAAGGGAAAUCCUCAUUGGAUUACUGCAACUCCUAUCAAUGUUGGUGGUGCUGGUGAUGUUACAGCCCUUGCAGUUAAGGGUUCUAAAUCCGGCCAGUGGGUUCCCAUGAGUCGCAAUUGGGGACAAGUUUGGCAGACCUCAGCCAACUUGGUUGGGCAAAGUCUAUCAUUCCAUGUCACUACUAGUGAUCGGAAGAUGGUUGUGCUCUACAAUGUUGCACCAGCAAACUGGCAAUUUGAUCAAACUUAUGAAGGAAAAGCCAAUAUUUAG